GGCUGCGCGCGCGCCGGGCGCCAUCUUUGAGCCGGGCACCGGGGACACGGCGGCGGCGGCAGCGGCACGGCGGCCCCCGGGGGCUCGGUAAAACUCCCUGACCGACCGUAAAUAGAGCGCUCCGGAGCCCCGCGGCGGCUGGCGGGAGAUGAGGGGGGCACGGGCGGGGGGUGCGGCUGGGCCAGGCCCGGCUCCUCCGCCAGGCCGCGCGGCCCCCGCGCCGUCCCCACAGCGGGAGCGGGGACGCUGAGGGGCGAGGCGGGCUCGGCGGGAAUAAAGCGGGCUGAAACGGGAAUAAAGCGGGGUGAAACGGGAAUAAAGGCGGGCUGAGGUGGGAAUAAAGGCGGGCUGAAAUGGGAUUAAAGGCGGCCUGAGGUGGGAAUAAAGCCGGGCUGAGGUGGCUUUGCUCCCCCGGGGCUCUGGGGAGGGCGAGCUGCGUGCCCGGGGCAGGCCCGCGGCUUUUUCAGCCCCUCAACAAAUUGGCCAUCCCAAUUUUCCUAAAUCUCCUCAUUUUCAGGUUAAAUCUCCUUUAUUUUCCUGUUGUAGCAACGCGUCUGAGGGGCAUUUCUAACGUAGUCACCUCAUUCCCUGAAGGAACUUCAGGAGCUGAGUAACUCUGGAUGCAGCCGGGCUGGAUUCCUCCCGGAGCUGCUUAAAAACAACGCCAAUCCCUGAAUUGUUGGGGUAUUUUCUUUGUUUUUUAAGGUUAUUCCCCCGGAGCUUGUUAAAAACAACGCGAAUCCUUGAAUUUUUGGGGUAUUUUCCUUGUUUUUUUAAAAAUUAUUCUUUCCGGAGGUUGUUAAAAACAACGCGAAUCGUUGAAUUUCUGGGGUAUUUUCCUCGUUUUUUAAAAAAUUUCCUUGUUUUUUAAAAAUUAUUCCUUCCAGAGAUUGUUAAAAACAACGCGAUUCCCUGAAUUUUUGGGGUAUUUUCCUUGUUUUUUAAGGUUAUUCCUCCCGGAGGUUGUUAAAAACAACGCAAAUACGUGAAUUUUUAGGGUUUUUUUUCUUAUUUUUUAAAGGUUUUUUGCUUUGUGACGUCGAUUUUUGUUACGGAAACGCCAAAAAGAGAAUUUUUUGUUGUUGUUGUUGAAGGGAUCGCCUCCGGGUUAUUCCCGGAAUUGCAUUUCCUAAAUAAAACCCGGCUCGGAAAUAUAAAAAAUAUUAAAAAUAUGAAUAAAUAAAAGGGAAUUUCGUGGGGAAUAAAGGAUUUGGGGUUGAAUUUGGGCACAGCUGAAGCAGAGCAGGAGGAGUUUUUCCUGGUGGUGUCAUUUUGAUAUUUUUCCAAGGUGAAAUUCAGGGAAAAUCGAAUUUUUUUUCUUAAAUUUAAUAAAAGAUUCCCCUGAGGGGGAGGAACUGUCACAGGAAAUCGCUGCCAGGCCUUGGGGUUGAGCUCAGAAACACAGGAAAAAAAAAAAGAAAAUAAAUUUUCUUUAAUUAUUCCUGUUUUGUUCAGAGUGGCUGGAGCAGCUUCCCUUGGUUUGGGGUUGAUUCCUGAGGAGGAAAGAGAAAAAAAUGGCCCAAAAAUGGCCAAAAAAGGGGUUAAAAUGUGGAAUUCCUGCUGCUUUUCCUUCCUUGGCACCUGGUAAACAGGAGGUGAAUCACGCCAGGAAUUUGAGGCACAAAUAAAGCAGCAGGAGAGGCUUUUCCAGGGAAAUCUGGGGUUUGGAAUCCAAGAAUUCCUCAGGGCAGUGCAGGGAAACUUCUUUAUUUUCCCUUUAAAAAGAAAAAAAAGGUUGUGUUGGUUUUUUGGCCUGGUUUUUGCUGACCCUCAGCUGCUGCAUUUUAAUGUAUUUUAAUUUUUUUUAUAAGUAAUUGCUUUAAAAAAUAUUUUUCUACAAAAUUUUCAUGAAUUUCCUGAAGAUUUUCAUGAUUUCUGGACAAAAAAAGGGUUUAAAAUUCUCCAUAACUUGAGUUCAUCCCAGACCUGCUGAGUGCACCAGAGUUACUCAUUUUUAUUCUGAUUUUUUUCUUGAUUCCCACCUUGACACCAGUUUAAAAUUCGACAAAAAAAAGGUUUUUAAUGAACCUUUUUAAUAAUUAAACCACCUUGAUGGAGUUCAGACCUUGGAGGGGUUUUGGGGGGAGCUUUGGGUUGAUUAUUUUCUGUUGUUGUUGUUUAUUUUCAAGGUUUUUAUUCCAAUCCUUUAAAGAUUCACACUCUAAACAGAAAUCUGGAAAAUGUGGAAGGCAAAAAACGGAUUUAAUGUCUGAAAUAAUUCAACCUGCAGGGAUUUUCUUUCCCCCCCAGGGUGGUGGAUGUAGAAAUGUUGCAGUUUUUAGGUGUGGAAAAGACCUGAGGAAAAGGAAAUUCCACCUUCCAGCCCGGAAUUCCUCCUGCUUUGGGUUGGAAUUCCUGAUUUCCUCAGGAUUUCAGUGCUGCCUUCAGCAAAGCGAAGAAUUCAGGCUUGAAAUUUGAUUUUUUUACUGCCAAGAGCAUUGGGGAAAACACCUGGGAAAACUUUGAACUUCCAGCAGAAGGAGCUCCAGGAGUUUUUAGGAGUAAAAUCCCUGGAAAAAAAUCUGAUUUUGAAGCUCCAAAAGUGAAUUUAACCCCGUGGAGAUGGAAGAACAGGAGGGAACCCUGCACUUAAAUCCUCUUUUAUUCCCUUUGUCAAGCAGCCACAAAAAGAAAAAACAAUAAUUAACAUAAGAACCCAACUUUUCCUCUCUUUAUUUUAGAUUUGGGAAAAUUCCCUGGCCAAAAAAAAAAAAUAUCCUGGGAAAAUUCAUAGUGUUUGUGUGAGUAAAAGGUUGCAACUGCUUCUUCUUGAGCUGUAAAAAACAAUUUAUUUGGGUUUUGUCCUCCCCAGGGAGUCAGGAAUCCUUUGCACAGAAAUGUCAGAGGGGUAAAAUUGAUUUUUAUUUGGGUUUCAGCUGCUUUGUUUGCAAGGCUGUGUGGAAAAGAACCCUAAAAAUCAGAUUUUUAGAAGAAUAUCCAAAAUUCAAGUGUGAUUCAUGUGAAAAAAAAAGAAUAAAUUAAAUUUUGGUGGCCCCAAAACCCCAAUCAGCUGCUGGAUCAGAGCUAAUGGUGGAUGGAUGAUGAGGGAACAGCACAAAUGGCAAAAUUGGAAUAUUCCACAAAAACCCAGUUCAUUCCUGCCCGAAUUCCCAAACAAUUCCUGCCUGAGGGACGGGGAUGGAUGGGUUUGUCCCUGAGCUGUCCCCAAACCCCCCCAAAAUCUCAUUUUUUCCCUCAAAAAUCUCAUUUUUGCCCCAAAAAAUCUCAUUUUCCCCCUCAGAAAUGUAAUUUCUCUCCCCAAAAAUGUCAUUUUUCCCCCCUAAAAAUCUCAUUUUCCCCCUAAAAAUCUCUUUUUUUUUCCCCAAAAAUCUCAUUUUCCCCCCGGUGAGAGUUUGAUUUGCCCAAAUUCUGAUUUUCCUGCUGCUUUUCUCCUUGUGCUGCUGUCCCUGCCUCUUUUGGGGGGUGUGUGAACACAUUUCUGGGUUUAUAACCACAAACCUGGGGGGUUUUUUCCUUGCUGUACAGCUCACAAAGACGGGGGAAGGUUUUUGUCUUUUCUUAAUAGGUGAAGAAACCUCAGAAGACCCGAAAUUGCAACUUACUGAAUUAAAUAAUUACCAAAAAAAAAUUAAAAUAAAUUAAAAAAUUUCCCCAGCUGUGGAAGAUGGAGCCUCAUUUUUGCAGCCACUUUGAAUCCUGAGUUCAUCUUUUUAAAAAAAAGGAGCUGGGGCUUUUUUUUUUAAAUUUUUUUGUUAUUUUUUAUUAUUUUUUUUUAUUGGAAGAGCUAAAAUAUCCCUGGCUGUCUGCAGUGUGCCACAUUUGCAAUGGACUCAAUUCCUCCAUUAGUUGUCAGAUUGUUCUGAGAGCACCUCAGAGUUUGGAGUUGUUGGCUGAGAGGUUCCCUUGGAAUUGUCAGGAGGAAAAAAACAAACAAAAAAGGCAAAAUUCAAAAAUUCUUUGUGCCCCUUUGUUGUUCAUUGACGGACUCCUUCGGCCUACAGGAGAGGGAGCUGCAUGGCUGGGCAGAGGUGGGCCCCAGCUCGGCCAGGCCAGGGUCCCUGCUAGGAGGCAGCAGUGGCAGCUGAGCAGGAGCCCCUGGGAAGGCGCUGCUGCCCGGGCUGGGGCAGAGCCAGGAGCCCCAGCAUGUCCAGCCAGGGCGACGACUGCUACUUCUACUUCUACUCCACCUGCAACAAGGGCGAUUCCUGCUCCUUCCGGCACUGCGAGGCCGCCCUGGGCAGCGAGACCGUGUGCACGCUGUGGCAGGAGGGGCGCUGCUUCAGGAAUGUCUGCAGGUUCAGGCACAUGGAGAUCGAUAAAAAGCGGAGUGAGAUCGCCUGCUACUGGGAGAACCAGCCUGGGGGCUGCCAGAAGCACAACUGUGCCUUCCACCACGCCAAGGGCCGAUACGUGGAUGGGCUCUUCCUGCCCCCCAGCAAGACCAGCCUGCCCAGCCCCGCCGAGGCGGCCGAGGAGGAGGUGAAGCUGCUGCAGCUGCAGCAGAACAAGCUGGCGCUGCAGCUGCAGCAGAACAAGCUGGCGCUGCAGCCCAGCCCCUCGGCGCCGCUGCGGGGGCUGCUCAAGGCCGAGGGCUCCGAGAGCGUGCCCAGCCCCACCCACCCGCCCCUGGUCAUCAACGCCGCCGACGACGACGAGGAUGAUGAUGACCAGCUUUCUGAAGAAGGAGAAGACACCAAAACCCCCGUGCAGCCCCCAGCCACAGAAGCCCACAACGGCCUGAGGGUGAUUUCCACCAGGAAACCCAACCCCAGUGCACAGCCAGAUGACAACUUGAAUUUUGGAAUCAAAACCUUGGAAGAGAUCAAACUGAAGAAACUCAAGGAAAAAGCCAAAAAACAAGGUGGUGAGUUAAUAUCCCUAAAAUCCUCCUUAUCCUCCUCUUUCUCUUCAUUCUUGACUUUAAUCCUGAUUUGUGCUCUCCUGUCUCAUUCCCCACCCAAAAUUGGGAUUUUUGCCACUUUUUUCAACUUUUUCUCUCGUUUUUUAGUUCAAGUCCUGAAGUCCCUGAAGGAGAGGCUGGGGCUGCCCUCUGAGCAGAGCAGCACUGAGACAGACAAAGCUGCCAAGCCCAUCGAGGAGAUCCGGGUGAAAACCCUGGAGGAAAUCCGCCUGGAGAGAGCCCACCAGAGGAGAGGAGAGCCCCCAGCCAAAAUCCCAGGAGAAGGAAGGAAAGCUGAAGAUCCCAAUCCAGGAGCAAAACCCUCCCCUGCUGCCCGCAGCAAAUCCCUGAGUGGAGCCCUGGCGGAAAAAAACCACAAAAGGUCGGGAGAGGAGAAGGAAAAAGCCGAGGAGUUGAGCAGCAGGGCCAGAAGUGAGGCUGAGCCCAGGAAGCAGAGCAGCCCUGCUGCAGCUGGGGCAGGCAGGGUGCAGCUGCCCGAGGCUGGAAGAGCCAGAGGGGCCGGAGAAGUUCGGAUCAAAACCCUGGAGGAGAUCAAGAGGGAGAAGGCGCUGAGGCUGCAGCAGAGCGGGGAGAACAUCCCUGCUGCUCCUGGAGGAGCUCCUGCUGAGGCUGCCCUGAGGGGCAGGAAACUGCUGCGGGUCACCAGGCUGCUGGCACCUGGAAGAGAAGAAAAAAUGAUCGUGGAGCUGAACAAACCUUCCCCCAAAAACGGCUCUGCCCCUGCUGAGAAUUCAGGGAAUGCUGGAAUUCAGGUGAAGAGCCUGGAGGAAAUCAUGUGGGAGAAGCGGCAGCAGAAACAGCGGCAGGAGGAGAAACUGCAGCAGGGAGCUGGGGCAAUUCCAGCUGAAAACCAGGAAAAAACCCAGGACAAAAACCAGGAAAAAGGCCCAGGAUCAGGGAGCCCCGAGGCUGCUGUGGGGCCAGCCCAGGCGGGCAGGAGGAGAGGGGGAAAAGCCCCCGAGGAUGGAGCCGGAACCCCGGAGAAGGAGCCGGGGAAAAAGGGAGCUCAGCUGCCCGAGAGGAGAGGCAGAGCCAAAUCCAAGGUGUGCCUGAAGCCUCUGGAUGCCAAAGCCCCUCCCAAGCAGCCCCUGAAGAGGAAGGGCCCCGAGGGCCCCCCCCCUGCAGUGGUGGCAGUGAAGCCACUCAGUGCCACCAGCGGGGACACCCAGGAGCCCCCCGCCAAGGUUGUUCCCCCUUCUCCAGAGGACAGCCCGGGCUCCAACCCUCGGAGGGAGAAUUCCCAGAGCAGCCCCGAGCUGCAGCCCGGCAGCCAGGGCCAUUCCCUGGCACACUCCGAGGGCUCUGCCUCUUCCUCCUCCUCCUCCUCCUCGCUGGAGGCUCCCCUGAAGCUGCGGCGCCUGAGCUCGGCCGGCGCCAAGGCCGCGCUCUCGGUGGAGGAUGACUUUGAGAAGCUCAUCUGGGAGAUCUCCGGGGGAAAACUGGAGGCAGAAAUCGACCUGGAUCCGGGCAAGGACGAGGACGAUCUCCUGCUGGAACUGUCGGAGAUGAUUGACAGCUGAGAGGGGAGGUUUUGGGGGAAAAAAACGACAAAACGGGACAAAAAGACGCGACACCAAAAAAAAAAAAAAAUCCUGAAAAAGCAGAAUUUCCUCCUCGCAUCCCACAGAAAUGCUGUAAAUGUUGUUGGAUCCGUGGAGGAGAUCCUUGGCCAGCUGGAUUGUUGGAUUAGGCAGAGUCUGCUCUCAGUUCUCCCAAAAUGCCGGGCUGGGUUUGUGCCAGGGACAGGACAGAGCACUUGGAGCGCCCCGAGGGGCCCAGCCCCAUCCCCAGAGCUCCCUCCCGGCUGAGGAUCCCAAAAAAGCCUGGAGUUACUGUGUCAACUCUGGACGCCACGGAUGGACUCGCAUUUGGGGGGAAUUCAGGGAAAAGAGGGCAAAGCUGAGGCAGGAUCUCGGACCAAAGCCUGCCAGGGUGAGCCUGGCUCGGGAUGAGCUGGGGAAUUUUGUUUUCCUGGGAUCCUGCCAUGGGGGGAAAGCAAAAUUCCUCCUGGAACUGGGGGGAAAAGCAAAAUUCCUGCUGGAAUUGGGGGAAAAGGAGCAUUGCUUCAAGUGCCUCUGCGUUCUGAGGAUUUCUCCCUGCAGUGAACCUCCCACAUCCAGCUGGGAAGGGACAAAAAAAACCACCUGGAAUGUUCCCCCGUGGCUGCUUCCCUCCUUUCCAGCCCCUGGAGAUGGGAUUGCCUGGAAUCCCCCUGGGUUUGGGUUUUUCAUUUCGUUUUGGGGUUGGUUUUUUUUGUUCUUUUUUUUCUGUAAAUAUUUUAUUCUUCCAUUUUAUAUUUGUAUGAUUCUAUUUAAGGGAUUAAAGGUAGGCUGCUCAC